GCGUUGCAGGAAAUAAUCCAAAGUCAAAAUCGUGUUCACACACGCACGUCUCACCCGAACCGUAUCGCAUGGAUUCGGCGAAAGGCCUAGGUGUGAAGAAGCGCGAGCAUGACCUAACCGGUCAGGAGACUCGAUGACCUCUAUGGGGAGACGGGCCAAAUGGUAGCUCCUUGCACCAAGUCCAUCCUCGAGAUCUUUCAAGACUUCGAUGCCAGGCGCUGUGGCCGAAUCGCCCAGAGCGAUUUGGAGGCGGUGCUGCUGCGCAUCUGCGGGGUGUCACGGGACCUGGCGGAGCAGUGGAUUCAGAGCUCGGGGGCGGCGGAGCUCGAAGACGUGGACUAUCGAAUCUUCAUGGCCUGGCUGUUCGAGGAAGAGAAGUCGAGAGCCGACACAGCUGAGAAGCUCUACGAGCGUGGCUUUUCUGUGCGGCAGCUUAUCCAAUUCGUAAGGCGACACAGGUCCCUUGGCUUGCACGACUUGUCUCGGAUGAGCACGGCGGAUGUGGUCCGGGACAUCGUGAUUCCAGAGACCAAGGAGAGGCAGUGUGCCAUGGUGGAGCUCUUCGAAGGUGGCCCGCGAGAGCCCAUGUGCCUCAUGUCCCACUGGUGGGGCCACUCUUUCAUGUCUCUGGUGGAGGCCAUUCUGGGUCAUGCCUCCGGGCAGGUUCUGCCCUCAGAGAAGUUGUUGAGCGAGGAAGAGCUGGAGAAGACGUACUGGCUGUGCAUCUUCGGUGUGAAUCAGCACAAGUCGAUCUGCGGCACAGGGGCCAACCCCUGCGACUGCGGCGCCGUGAAGUAUCUCAAUGGCCAUCCCUUGUGUGAAAUGGACAAGUUCGGGCUCAUGAUGAGGCACUUCAAGGAGCAUGCCCUUGCAGCUGACCGGGAGCUGGAGACCUUUAAAAGGAUUUGGGUCCUCAAGGAGUUGCAAACUGCGCUGGCUAUGGGCAUGCGGACGGAAUUUUGCGGCACGAUCACCAGUAACAUCAGCUUUGCCCUGCUGAGUGUUCGGGAGGCUCAGGCGAGCCGGGACGAGGACCGGCGAAUGAUUUUAGCUGAGAUCGAGCAGACGAUGGGCAUUGACGAGUUUGAUGACAGCAUACGAGCGAAAGUCCGGGAAGAACAAGCCAAACUUACAAUCUUUGAGGCAAUUGUCCGACGACAAGUCGACAUCGUCGAGUUCCACCUCAAGGAAAAUCCGCUUCUUUGCAACGUGCAGCUGCGCCAGUUCGGCAUGAAGACUCCGUUGCAUUUCAUGGCCGAGCGUAGCCGGACAGCCAGCGAAUGGGAAGACUUUAGCGGCCGGACUGCCUUGCUACAGUCAUUGCUCGAUGCGCGGGCAGAUGCCUCUAUAUGUGAUGCCAGUGGACGAUCAGUACUUCAUGCCAUGUGCAUGUGGGACGGAGACGUCCAGCUCGCCAAGAAACUGAUCUCGGCCCGCGCCGAUCCCAACGAGCGGGCGACGCGGGGCGCCGUUGCCAACAAGACUCCCCUGGAGGUGCUGCAGCAUGGUGUCUCUAUCCCCUUCUUCGACCGCGGCUACAAGAGCCGCUCAGCCCGCCAGACCGAAGAGCUCUUGCAGUAUCUCGCGUCCUUGACAUCGCCAUAGGCGAAGUCCAGCGACGCAGCGCCUAAAACUCAUUAAAACCAAGUCCUACUGGUC